GCCAUUUUAAGAAAGGAACGGCUCGUUCAGCUUGGUGGGGAUACACGUUGGGUAUUGUGUGGACCGAAAUACAUACAAAAUACUUACGAUUGUUUAAGAAGUCCACGCGCGAAGAUUUCCUACAGACAAACACAGAGGGGGUUUUGCGCUAAAAUCGGAGGUUUCGUCGGAACCGAAUGAGAAGCUGAGGUGAACAAUGACUCAGUUUCUUCCCCCGAACCUGUUGGCAUUGUUUGCCCCGCGGGACCCGAUACCGUUCCUGACCCAGCUGGAGAAACUUCCCCAUGAGAAACAUCACAACCAGCCGUACUGCGGGAUUGCCCCUUUCAUCCGGCAUUUUGAGGACCCCAGAGAUGCGCCACCACCCACAAGAGCAGAGAUGCGGGAGGAAAGGUUGGAGAGAAAGAGAAGGGAGAAGAUGGAAAGGAGGCAAGUUGUGGUGGAAACAGAACUGAAACUAUGGGACCCACACAACGAUCCUAAUGCUCAAGGAGAUGCGUUUAAGACCUUGUUUGUGGCUCGAAUUAAUUAUGAUACCACCGAAUCAAAACUACGGCGUGAGUUUGAAGUCUAUGGUCCUAUCAAACGGAUCUAUAUUGUGUACAACAAGAAAACUGGCAAACCAAGAGGCUAUGCGUUCAUUGAGUACGAACACGAGAGAGACAUGCACUCUGCCUACAAGCAUGCAGAUGGCAAAAAGAUUGAUGGACGUAGAGUGCUUGUUGAUGUUGAAAGAGGACGAACGGUCAAAGGAUGGCACCCCCGGAGACUUGGUGGAGGUCUUGGUGGUACAAGGAGAGGAGGGGCAGAUGUCAACAUCAAGCACUCUGGCAGAGACGACACUUCCCGCUAUGAUGACCGACCAAUUGGAAGUGACCGCGAUCGUGAACGCAGGGAUCGCAGUCGGGACCGAGAGCGGGACCGUGGUGAGCGCCGCCGUUCACGAUCUCGAGAGAGACGCAGACGCACCAGGUCUCGUGAGCGCGAGAAGGCCAUCGUGGUUCCAGGGGAGGAGGCAGGAGGUGGCAGUAGGCGCCGAGACAGGGAACGAGACCGAGGUGUUGCUGAAGGCAGCCGAGAGAGGAGUAGAGACCAAGAUAGAGAAAGAGACCGCAAGAGGAGAAGCAGGAGCAGGGAUAGAAAGAGAGACCGAGAGAGAGGGAAAGGUUUGGAUGGAGGAGAGGAAGGCAUGGGCGGGCUAGCUGAUGGCAUGAUGCCCGAAGGAGGAGAAAGGGGUAUGGAGGACCCAUUGUGUGGUGAGCCAGGACGAGGUGAGGAUGGAGGGCCCGAAGGAGAGGAGAGAGGUAGGGAUCGAGACAAAGACAGGGAGAGAGACCGUGACAGGAAGCGCAGCCACAGGGAUAAAGAUAGAGACAGAGAUCGGGAAAGAAGGAGAGACAGGGAUAGAGAUCGUGAACACAAGCGGGACCGGGGAGAUCGGGACCGUGGGGACCGUAGGGAAGACAGACACGUGUCCUCCUCAGGAGAUCAGGAGGGUUUGGGUAACGGAGGUGAAGAGGGCGAAGAGCAGUUGCCGCCACAAUCAGAAGAAGGUUCACAGGAUGGGAUGAGGAUGAUGAUGAUGGAUCAGGAUUCCAUCCAGUCAGGAGAGGGCUAUGCCUCCAAUGAGAAUGGAUACAGGAUGGAGGCCCAGGGUGAUGAGUACUGAAGUGCCACCAUUGUGUGAAUCAUCCGAGGUCCUCCAGUUGUAAUGUUGAUUGAAUUCACAAAUAUCCUCAACCAUAAUGUAAUGCCUCCACCAUUUGCUUGCACUAUGUCCACAGUGUGUAAGUAUUAUACUGUACUACCAACUGCUAUCACUGAGAGAGCUUAGUGUCUCCCUGGUAAGAAGCAUCCUUUGUUAAAAUCAAAA